UCCUCUUCUUCCUCUCCGGUGGAGUCAUGGGGAAAGGUUUCUACGUCAGCAGGCCGGCGGCGGUGCUCUGCGUGGCCGCCGGCGUCGGCGCCGCCGUGGUCAUCGUGGCCCUCUCCGUGAUCUACGCUCAAGAGAAGUCCAGGAAUGUGGAGAUGCCUCCGUCCGGGGCAGAGACGCCCGUCUCCACCACGCCUGCCCCCGCCACGGAGCCCUGGCAGCGCUACAGACUCCCCGACUCCGUGGUUCCCGUCUCCUACCACGUGACUCUGCGGCCGCGGCUGCAGCCCGACGAGGACGGCGUGUACGUCUUCACCGGAAACUCCACGGUGGUGAUCCGGUGCACGAGGGAGACGGACCUCGUCCUCCUGCACUCCCACAAGCUGAGGCUCAGCGUGCAGGAGGGACUCCACGCCCGGUUGAGAGGCCUGGGGGGGGCCUCGGCACCCGCCCUGAGGAACUCCUGGCUGGAGAUUCCCACCCAGUACCUGGUGCUGCAGCUGGACCGGCCGCUGCAGGCCGGCCGGAGAUACGAGAUCUACACCCAGUUUGAGGGGGAGCUGUCCGACGACCUGGGAGGUUUCUACCGCAGCGAAUACCAGGAAGACGGGGUAAAAAAAGUGGUGGCCACGACUCAAAUGCAGCCCACAGACGCCAGGAAGGCCUUCCCGUGCUUCGACGAGCCCGCCAUGAAAGCUGUGUUCCACAUCACCCUGAUCCACCCCCCGGAGACCGUGGCUUUGUCCAACGCCAUGAACUACGACCCCGUCAACAUCACCGUGGACGGCCAGACCUUAAUCCAGACCAGAUUUAAACCCACCGAGAUCAUGUCCACCUACUUGCUGGCGUUCAUUGUGUGUGAUUUUGCGUAUGUCUCCACGAACCCGGAGGAGGAUGUUUUGAUCCGGGUCUGGGCUCGCAGGAAGGCCGUGGAGGACGGCCAGGGGGACUACGCCCUGGAGAAGGCCGGACCCAUACUGGCCUUCUUUGAGAAGUACUACAACUCCUCAUACCCCCUGAGCAAGUCAGAUCACGUUGCUCUCCCCGACUUCGCUGGUGGAGCCAUGGAGAACUGGGGGCUCAUCACCUACAGGGAGACGGCGCUGCUGUACAACCCUCGGGCGUCUUCCAACGGAGACAAGGAGUGGGUGGUGUCGGUCAUCUCCCACGAGCUGGCUCACAUGUGGUUCGGGAACCUGGUGACCAUGAGGUGGUGGAGCGACCUGUGGCUCAACGAGGGCUUCGCCACCUACAUCUCUUACCUGGGGGUCGACUACGCCGAGCCGACGUGGGAUAUGAAGGAUUUGAUAGUACUGAACGAGAUCCUCCAGGCGAUGGCUGUGGACGCGUCGGCCGACUCCCGCCCCCUCUCUUACAAGGAGGACGACAUCCUGACGCCCGAGCUCAUCAGAUAUCUGUUCGACUCCAUCACGUACAGCAAGGGAGCUGCAGUCCUCAGGAUGCUCUCGAAGUUCAUCACGGAAAGUGUCUUUUUGAAAGGACUUCAUACUUAUUUAGAGGAGUUCAAGUAUAAAAAUACAGUAUCCACAGAUCUGUGGAAGCACCUGCAAAUGGCGGUGGAUGAAGCCGGCAUCUCCCUGCCCCGCCCCGUGGAGGACAUCAUGGACCGCUGGGUGAAACAGAUGGGGUUCCCGUUGAUCACCAUCGACACCCAGACCGGAACAGUCUCUCAGAAACACUUCCUGUUGGAUCAGGACUCCGUGGUGGAGAGACCCUCCCAGUUCAGCUAUGAGUGGUUUGUCCCCAUCACCUGGAUUAAAAGUGGUGGAGCUGAGCAGCAGUUCUGGCUUCUUAGCAACCAAGCCAACAACACGGACCUGGCUCUGGGCCCGUCCGGGUGGCUGCUGGCCAACGUGGACAUGAAGGGCUUCUACCGGGUCAACUACGACGCCGACAACUGGGAGCGUCUGCUCGCCAAGCUCAACUCAAGACAUCAGGACAUCCCAUUAAUCAACCGCGUUCAGAUUAUUGACGAUGCCUUUAAUCUGGCAAGAGCGAAGGUCGUAAACAUAACUCUGGCUCUGAGGACGACCCGGUUCCUGCACAAGGAGGUGGAGUACCUGCCCUGGGACACGGCCACGCACAACCUGGACUACCUGUUCGUCAUGUUCGACCGCAGCGAGGUCUACGGGCCCAUGCAGGCUUACAUUAAAAAGCAGGUCACCCCUCUGUUCCGGUACUUCAGAGAUCUUACUCUCAACUGGACAAAGAUCCCAGAAAAACACACCGAUCAGUACAACCAGGUGAACGCCGUCUCCCACGCCUGCAGUGCAGGAGUCCCGGGCUGCAGGGAGCUGACAACCGGCUGGUUCAAACAGUGGAUGAACGACCCUCGGACCAACAACAUCAUUCCCAGCCUGAGGUUGACGGUGUACUGCAACGCUGUGGCAGCAGGGGGGGAGGCGGAGUGGGACUUUGCCUGGACCAUGUACAAGAACUCCAGCGUGGCCUCAGAGGCUGAAAAGCUCGCACAUGCUCUGUCCUGCAGCAGGAAGCCCUGGCUGCUUAACAGGUAUCUGCUGUACUGUCUGCAGCCGGAGAAGAUCCGGAAGCAGGAUGUUGCUUUCGUCAUCGUUCACGUCGCAGAGAACCCCGUCGGCCAGCCCUUGGCCUGGGAUUUCGUCAGAGCCAACUGGGACCACUUACUCAACCAUCAUGACUUUAAUGCAAUACUGAGCGGCGUCACCAAGCGUUUCUCCUCUGAGUUUGAGCUCAAGCAGCUGCUGCAGUUCAUCCAGGAACACGGCCGGGAGUCGGGCCCGGCGGCCGGCCUGCUCGGCCAGGCGCUCAUCAAGACUACUACCAACAUGGACUGGGUGGCCCAGAACAAGGACGAGGUGCUGCACUGGUUCACCGCUGAAACAUCCUAGACUUUAGCUAGAGAGAUUUAUUAUUGAACAUCAACUAUAUUUUCAAACUGAUGGAAAUAUUUGUAAUUUUUGAUAAAUGUUUUGAUAAAACCUUUUUUUAAUUGUUUUGCAAUAUUUGACAGCUUUACCUUGACCACACCUGCAGAAAUGGGAUUGUUUACAGCAUUAAUAACACACAAGACAUUAUGUACAGCCUUUUACAUCAAAAAGACAAUUUCACUAAAUAAAACUAUUCCUACUGUAUACCUGCCAGAGUGUU